CCUGCCUGCCUGCAGCAGGAGGCCUUUGGAGCUCCUGGCCCACUCACCCCUUUUGCCCCACCGGCAUGAAGCACCCCUCUCCCAUUCUCAACAACCAACGUGGGGGGAAGAGUGCCAAACUAAAUGACGGUGAGGCUCCUGCCCAUGACGUGUACCCCACCAGCUCUCCCUGUGAUCUGUGUGGUGACCUUCAAGCUCUCUGAAGCCCUACCAGGCCCCAAUCCGCCAUGUUCCUCUUUGCUCGCAAAACCAAGACUCCCAUCAGCACCUAUACGGACUCCUACAGGGCUCCGAACACCUUGAAGAAGACCUUUGAGGAGCAACCUAUGGCCCUAUGGACCGAGAACAAGUUUUUGACCCCGGGCUUGACGGUGCCCCGAGUGGACCACCCGGUGGACCAAGGCAACUUGGAGAAGAUGGUGAAGAAGGCGAUCCAGGAGUACUCGUAUAAGAACUCGACGGAGCCGACGGCCUAUCGCCCGUACAAAUACUGGGUGACCCGAGAGGAAGAGAAGUUCAACCCAGUCUUUGUCGGCGAAGACCGGUAUGCGACGUGGAGGACCGGCCCUUACAACAGUGCGUCAUGGAACAGAUACACCACGUACCUCCCACGAAUUCCCAGGGAAGACAGGAUGGAGUCCCUCCUCCGCGGGAUGCCGAUGCAGUACCCUCCGAAACCUGAGCGGCUCAACAACUACGAGCGGGAAGUCGUGGUCAACAUGUUGAACAGCCUGUCUCGGAAGCAGCUGCCCUCCCUCCAGCACCACUACACCAUCCCCGGCAGGAUGCCCUACCAAGGCUACUACAGCCCCUGCACAGGACGACACUACUGCCUGCGAGGGAUGGAUUACUACGUGGACGGAGCCCCCACCAACGAGCGGCAGAUCAGCCAGCUCGUUGAGAAGAUUGUAAGGAAUUUCCCGUACUACGACCACCACCACGAGAUGAUGCUCUGUGCACGCAUGCCCAGCCUGCUGCCAUCUUUCCCCUGUAUGAACCUUAGAUGGGACACGAGUCACUUUAAGAAGAUCGGGCCCGUGCAGAGGGACAGCUUUACUAUUCAUCCUGAGUUUGUGUCAGAAUCUUUCCCUAAUCCACCGUGCUGGUAGCAGAGAGUUGAGACAGGUUGACAUUAAAAUUGC